UCAAAAUCAGAGAGCACUUGGAGAAAGUCGUGGAGAGAGGCAGGGAAAAUAGCGCAUUUGCGAAGAACAGUAAACUAUCGGAAGUUUCAGCCUUAAGAUCAUAGGGCGCAACUUCAAAAUUGAGAUCAGAAUGAAUAUCUCCCAUCUGGCGGCUUGUGGAGUAUUGAUCACCUUGCUUUGCAUCAGCACAGAGGCAAAACCUUUAACGCAGGCACAGCAAAAGUCUCUUAGAAGUGUGCUGGGAGAGGAGCUUUCUAAACACCUGGCAUCUGAGGAGUGGGAGAGGAAGCUGGAAAACAUGAGGUCCAAAGCACGCCUAUUGCGGGAUUUGAGGCUGGACACCCGCGCCAAAGGGAUGUGGGCCCGGAUCCUGAACGAGCAGCCCAACUCACGGAGACACAAAGCGGGGACAAAGAAGGGGGGCUCCACGUCCCGGGGCGGCUGCUUCGGACACAAAAUGGACAGAAUAGGCACCAUCAGCGGUAUGGGCUGUUAGAGACAGCGCCGGGAGACGCGGGAGAAGACAAUGGGUUUGGACAACUUUACUUUUAGUUGGUCUUCACCGGAGGAAAUCACAAAAGUAUUGUCUUUACUCAGAAAAAACAGAUUUUAUGUACAAAUCAACCACCACGACCAGCGUUACUGAAGACUGCAACAGAAAUAAUUGUGACACGUACAACAAAAACACCCAUUUUAAGAUGGUGGACAGUGGUGUACAAACAAAAACUGCAAAGCUGUAUAUGAUUGCUGCUGCUGUACAUUCAUGUACUUCAUUCUUACAUAAAUGUAUUUAUGUUUUAAAUCUAUUUAUGUAACAUUUUGAAAUGGAUGCAAACUGCAGGUCAAUUAUGUUUGUAACUUUUUUGUCUUAAAAAGCUGUAAAUGAUUUAGAAAACCAGGGGGGAAAAAGAAAAGUUCUACAUGCAUCAUUGAGUCUCCUUCCUGUUUGUUUCAGACGCAGCCAGAUGCUGGUGUAAUUUUUUACAAUGGCACCCAUUUUUGCUCCAUCCAUAAAUGCACUGAUACCUGCAGUAGUUACCGAAAUAUGAGCAAAAAAGACACUACACAUGACAUGAUCUUUAAACCAUUUAGAUACAUAAAAUGCAUGUAUUUUGUCUUCUAAGGCUUUACAUUCAGUUGAUUGGUUGUAUAUUUCUGUCAUUGUGGAAUAGGGUUACAACAUCAAUAAAUCAAAAGUGUAUAUGAA